AAUUGUAAAAUGUCCAAACCGGCAGUUUAUAAAUUGAAAUGUGCAGUCCAAAACUAUGACUGGGGAAAAAUUGGAAGUGAGAGUAAAGUAGCUCAGUUCGCUCAAAUUUCAAAAGAUUUUGAGAUUCAGCUUGAUAAACCAUAUGCUGAGUUGUGGAUGGGAACACAUCCAAAUGGACCAAGUGUAUUGGCUGAACAAUCAUCAAUUUCACUUAAAGAAAAAAUAGAAUCAAAUCCAAGCGAAUUACUUACAUCAGAAAUUUCUAAAAUAUACAAAAAUGAUUUACCAUUCUUAUUUAAAGUAUUAUCUGUACGCAUAGCUCUCUCUAUUCAAGCACAUCCUGAUAAAAAACUUGGAAAAGAAUUAUUCGAAAAAUUUCCAAAGAUUUAUAAAGAUCCAAAUCAUAAGCCUGAAAUGGCUAUAGCAAUUACAGAAUUUGAAGCUUUAUUUGGAUUUAGACCUCUAGAAGAAAUAAAAUCACUUCUUAAUGAAUAUCCAGAAUUCACCGAGCUUAUUGGAAAUGAAAUUUCUUCUCAUUUUCUUCAAAUAGUUAAUGGAAGGGAAGUUUCUCAGCUUACAGAAGAUAUUGAAUUAAAUAAAUCUGCCCUUCGUGAAUUAUUUACUAAAGUUAUGACAACAAAUGAAUUGUCCGUUUCUCAACAAGUUGAUAAGCUAAUUAAAAGGUUAAAAUCCAAUAAUCAUUCUCCUCUUGUGAAAGGAAGCGUUCCCGAACUUCUAAUUAGAUUAAAUGAUCAAUUUCCUGGUGAUGUGGGGAUAUUUUGUGUUUUAUUGUUAAAUUAUAUAAAAUUGGAUCCUGGACAAGCUAUAUUUUUAGGUGCAAAUGAGCCUCAUGCAUAUUUAUCUGGAGAUAUUGUGGAGUGUAUGGCAGCUAGUGAUAAUGUGAUCCGUGCGGGAUUAACUCCCAAAUUUAAAGAUGUUAACGUACUUACAGAUAUGUUAACUUACCGUUAUGGUAGUGCUGAAUCUCAACUUCUCGCUCCAAUUCCAUAUAAUAACAAUAAAUUGACCGUUUUAUAUGAUCCGCCAAUCGAAGAAUUUUCUGUUAGCAUGACUCAAAUUAAUUCUCUGGACAAAAAAGAAGUUUUCGAUGGGAUUCCAGGUCCUAGCGUUAUAAUCGUUACUAAUGGGAAAGGAACUUUGAAAGUUAAUAAUUUAUUAGAAUCAUUAGAACCUGGAAGUGUAUUUUUUAUUGGUGCUAAUGUCCCCAUAACAAUUGAGGCUGAAGUAGAUGGUAGUAAUAAGUUAGAUUUAUUUAGAGCAUUUUGUACUUUAAAAUAAUAUUUCAUAUUUGUAAUACAUUUAUUUUCAUGUACAAGAAGCUAUUUCUUCAAACAUUAAGUAUAUAACUUGAAGUAUCACAUUGUUAAUUAUAGCCUACUUUCUUUUUCGUAUAUACCAUUAACUUGUUCACAUAUAUCCCUCAUCUCUUUCAAUGCAUUCACAAUAUUUUGUCUUAAAGCAUUUGAGUCUGUUUCGGUUGAGGAAUAUUUGGACUCUAUACCAAAUUUCAAUAAAUUAUCUCCAGUAAGAUAGUUGAUACCAUAUCCAUUAG